CUACCUAUGUUAUAGUUGGUAUCAUUUCUAUGUAUUGCUUGAUCCAAUUGAUUUACUUCAAUAAUUUUUGUCUUGUUUUUUGUGUAAUUAUGCAAAGAAUAAUUGAAUUAAUUGGUUUUUCAUGAGAAUAAAACCCUGAUUUAUGCAAUUGUUUGAUUUUGUAAGAGCUUUGAGAUUUUCAUAAUAUGGAUCUACGGGUCUUUUGUUCAUAAUAGGAAGAUUUACAAUAAAGUUCCAGACUUUUAGGUAUUCACCACCUGAUCAUGUGUAUGCAAGGAUAAAGUUCAUAUAUGAAAUGAAAGGUCAUUACCUAGUCAAGCCCCUGUUAAUCAAGGGUGCUGGGAAGGAUAUACUGGAUGUAGAUCGACCUAUGGCUUUAUUUCCAUAAAGUACUGCCCUCAAAUUCAGACCCACAAGCUGUGGUUGUUAGACUGACCUUUUGCUAUUCCAAAAUGUCCUCCUUCCCUUUGUUUUUCCAUUACUGCACUCAAAGUCCUUCUGUAUCCAGAGGAGUUCCAUAAUUCUAUUCUUCAACAUACGUGUAGUUAAGAUGCUUUAUUAUAUGCAUAUUGCUAAUCUGAUGCCUCCGUGUUUGUGAUUUGAAGGACGUUUGUGAAAAUAUUUAACCUGUGUUCCAAAGUGGUUGCUUUAAGAUUUAAUUGUACAUGCUUUUUGGAGAUUUUAAGCUAUGAUUUUUUCUAGCUCGGUUGAUCACACAACAAGGGUGCUGAUUGCUCUUGCUACUGUGGCACAGUGAUGGAGUUAGCUUACAGUUUGUAUUAUUUUAAUUGUUGUGACAUCAGUCCCCUGAUUGGUUCUGGCAGAUCCUAGUUUUAAUUACUUUGCAAUUGUGUGAGUGCUCAUAGUCAUGGUUAUUAAUAUUGCUGAUGUUUUUUUUUCCUGGUCAAUUGUAUAGGCGGUGAGGAUGUCAACUCCAGCGAGGAAAAGGUUAAUGAGGGAUUUUAAGAGGUUGCAACAAGACCCUCCUGCAGGGAUCAGUGGCGCUCCUCAAGACAACAAUAUAAUGCUUUGGAAUGCUGUUAUAUUUGGUCCUGAUGACACCCCAUGGGAUGGAGGUACGUUCAAGUUGACUCUCCAGUUUUCUGAGGAUUAUCCAAAUAAGCCUCCUACUGUGCGUUUUGUUUCUCGAAUGUUCCAUCCAAACACCGUAGCUGGCACUAAAGUCCUCAUUCGCUUUGAUCUUUUGCUAGUUUACGCUGAUGGAAGCAUUUGUUUGGACAUUCUGCAAAAUCAGUGGAGUCCUAUUUACGAUGUGGCUGCAAUUCUUACCUCUAUUCAGUCGCUGCUUUGUGAUCCAAACCCGAACUCUCCUGCCAAUUCAGAAGCUGCACGAAUGUUUAGUGAGAACAAGCGUGAGUACAACAGGAGAGUACGAGAGAUUGUCGAGCAAAGCUGGACCGCUGACUAACUUCUUGUGGACACCAUAUAGAAGAGGAGGAGGAGAAAAAAUACCUGCCAAGAUGAUUGGAUGCAUCGUGUCCAUUGAGAGGAGUUUCUGAACCUGCCUGCACAGCUCAGAAAUAAAGAUAAACAAGAUUAGCACAAUUGAUCGCCUAUUCUGAAUCUCAUGCCAGUAUCAAUUUUCAUAACAUCUCAGGCCUGGUUCGGUUUGCAUUUGAGAAACUGUUUUUCACUUUGAGAAACAGUUUUUGGAAAAAAAACUAUUUGACUAGUUGUUUUUUAUUUUUAUUUUUUGAAAACUGAGAACAAAAAUUGGGUAGAUUUUAGAUAACAAGUUAGAAUUGUUUUGUGUGUUUGUAGAAAUAUCCUUUCCAAAUUUAGAAAACACCAGCACCACCACAUUUAUGUUUUUCUUGUUUUUUGGGUAACUGUCCAAAUAAGUUUUAACGUUUUUUAUUCCGUAAAAUUAUUUUUGGAAUCAUAUAACCAAACAAGUUAUGCGACAAA